UUCCACCUUUGUCACCUGGCAACGUCAACACACGAGCUAAAUGUGUCGAGCGAGCUCAGCAGCAGCUAGCAUACAAGCCCGGAAAGUAAACACUUGACUUGUACAAGUGAAAAUAUGGUAAAACAGACAAUUCAGAUAUUUGCUCGUAUAAAGCCCACUCAGAAAGACACCUCGGUGUACUAUGUCAACAGUAAAGAGCAGGCGAGCGCUUCUUUGGAGUUUUUGGUGCCAAAGGACACGGCUGAAGGUUUUGUUAACAACAAGAAGGAGUGCUUCAAAUUCAGAUUCCAAAAAGUGUUUGAUCAGGCAACCAAACAAGAAAAUAUAUUUGAAGACAUCGCCAAACCCGUCACAGACAGUGUAUUGGCGGGCUACAAUGGCACCAUCUUUGCCUAUGGCCAGACAGGUACUGGGAAGACCUUCACCAUCACAGGAGGGGCGGAACGCUUCAUUGAUCGUGGCAUUAUUCCUCGUACACUUACAUACCUCUACGAGCGCUUCAGUCAGGACAACAAUACUGUGUAUACAACACACAUCUCCUACCUGGAGAUUUACAACGAAAUGGGUUAUGACCUUCUGGAUCCCAGACAAGAAGCAGCUCGAUUGGAAGACCUACCAAAAGUAAUAAUCUUGGAAGAUCCUGACCACAACAUUCAUAUCAAGAAUCUUUCAAUGCUGCAGUCUGCAAAUGAAGAGGAGGCUCUCAAUCACUUGUUCUUGGGGGACACCAAUCGAAUGAUUGCAGAAAAUCCCAUGAACCAGGCGUCUACACGUUCCCACUGUAUUUUCACCGUGCACUUGUGUAUGCGUGAGCCAGGCUCUGAUACACUACGGCACUCCAAACUUCACCUGGUGGACCUGGCCGGGUCAGAUCGGGCCAGCAAAACAGGCCUAAAUGGGCUGUUGCUCACUGAGGCCAAAUUCAUCAACCUUUCCCUUCAUUACUUAGAGCAGGUUAUCAUUGCUCUGUCAGAAAGAAAUCGCAGCCAUAUUCCGUACAGGAACUCCAUGUUGACGUCAGUGCUGAGAGAUAGCCUUGGAGGCAACUGUAUGACCACUAUGAUUGCCACUGUGUCAGUUGACAGGAGCAACAUAGAUGAGUCCAUCUCUACAUGCCGCUUUGCUCAGCGGGUGGCACUCAUCAAGAAUGAGGCCGUAUUGAAUGAAGAACUUGAUCCUGCCUUGUUAAUAGCUCGCCUGAAGCAGGAGGUUCAAUCUUUGAAAGAGGAGCUGUCCAUGCUGACGGGAGAAGAGAGAAAUGACAAGCUAGCUGUAGAGGAGAUCCAGAAGUUGGAGGAGUUGGUCACAGCCUUUCUACAUGAUGCUGGUCCAGACGUAUCACUGUCUUUGGGACCAGAUAUGAGAAAAAUCCAAUACUGUUUCAGCCUGUUGAAGAAAAUGAUUCUGGGCAAACUAACUGGAAAUGUCAGUAACUGUGAUAUACAGGAGUCUCCAGCAGUCAAACCAGAGGAAAACGACAUUUGUGAGCUCCACAGUGCAAAUGAAAUUGCCAAACUAAAAGAGAUGUUGAUGCAACGCGACAAAGAGAUCAGUAUCCUGGUUAAGAUUUUAAAGAAGGAGAAACAAAAGGCAGAGGAUGCUGCAACUCAGCUCACAGGUAGCACCCACAGAAGGAAGCCUGCCACCGCAAGUGAUUCCAGUUCGUUAGCAAUGCUACUGUUCAAGGAGGGAAACCACCAACCGACCUUGAAUGGUUCUGGAGGACGAGCUAUUCUGUUCAGUAAAAAAGGGCCACAACUGUCAAUGGGAAAGCAAGAGGCCUUUGAAACCUUUAUCACAGACCAUGAUGACCAUCCCAUCAUUGAAAACAACAGGAGCCUACUCAAAGAGAGGUCUGCACAGGCCAGAAAACUUGGGGACCAACUUCAAGACACCAAACAAAAAAUUAAUGAGUUGAAGAAGCAGAUAGAAAUACGUCGGCGACAGAGAGCAGUUCAUGGCGUGACAGAAAAUCAUCAAAAUGUUGAGAGGGAGCUGGACCCAUUGGAGGAAAACCUGCGCAAAAAUAUUGAGCAAGAAAAAAAGAUUUACAAAAGCACUGUUGGACACCUGAAAACAUUGAAAACAGAGAUUGAGCAUCUGCAGCUGUUGCUGGAGAAGGCAAAGGUCAAGCUCCAGAAGGACUUCCGAAUGUGGUGGAACGAGGAGACUUCCAAUGUGCAGGAAACCAAAGCAAGAAGUCCAACAAGAUCUCUGUGUGGAACCUUGCAGCCAUCCUCACCUGGCACUCCAGGCUUUGAAUACACGCCAGCCAUACCUGGACUUCAGACCACUGUCAGACCUGGCCCAGCAGACAAAGAUUGUUCAAGUUCUUCGGGUCAGGACUUCAGAAAUCCCAAGGCAGCAUGGCCUGAUAAAACACAGGAGGACGUGUCUGAAUUCGCUCCUUCGUCAGAGUGGAGAUCCCUUUCCAAAUCUUCACCGUCACUCUCUUCUAUCCCACUGACUGGAGACCACCAGGCUGAUGCAGAUAUCCUGGCCUUCAUUAGAGCUCGGCAAAACCUCCUCAACAGAGCAGGUGCUCCUCAACAAUAACGUCAAUGGGCCCUUCCAAUGCGUGAGCUAUUUGUCCAUAUAUGUACACAUCUUGGACAUUGUUGAUGUUAUGUUGCUCAAUGAUGGAGAACAACAACUGGGUCCAAAUCAUACUUAAGGCCUCUGCCAGCACACAUCCUGCCAGAGAUGCCGCUUCUGUAACCAUAAGCAGCAGCCUAGUAUAAAUCAAACUGUGUCAUCCAUUUGAUCUGAACAAAUGUUGUUUUAAGAUAUCAGAGGCAGGACAACAAGCGGAAGCCAGCUGGCUCCUUUAAUGCUGUGAGUCAUCGCUUCUUCAAAGUUUGCAUGUGCACGAACAUGAAUGCAUUUCAUUUUACUGUCGAAUUUGAGCGUUUUACAUGUGGCACACUGUCACAAGCUAUAAAUAUAAAAUUGUUAUGAAUAUAUGUGCAGUAAAAAAGGUAUUUUUAUAUCCCCGUAUGCAGCAUUGCAUAAUAGAUACUGUAAAUACAU